AGCACAUAUAGGUUCCUUGGCAUUCCAGACACCUUCCAGUUCUCUACACCCCGAUAAUCCUCGUCGCUCCCCACUCUUUGCCGUUUUCUAGAUAGGACUGAUCAGCCUCUCUCUCUAUUCUGAUAUCAUCUUUAGUUUUGGGAUCUGUCAUUCUUCCUUUUUCGUCUUGAGAAUCUUUGAAGUUGAAUGAUCGACUAGUUCUAUCUUGUCCAGCGAGGCGAGAAGCCCGAGCAACAAGAUGAGGAUAGGCUGCCUUCAGUUUGCUCCCCAAGUAGGCGAUCUUGACAAUAAUAUCAGUCGCGCCGACGCUGUGUUGAGCAAAGCGGACCCUGAAAAUCUUGACCUUCUUGUUCUCCCCGAACUUGCUUUCACCGGGUACAAUUUCAAGUCUCUUCAGGAGAUAAGCCCCUUUUUAGAGCUUCGAGGUUCUGGGAUCAGCGCACUUUGGGCUCAAACACUCGCACUCAAACUGAACUGUAUAGUUACUGUCGGUUACCCCGAAAAGGAGGAUCUCGAGGCAAAGUGGCCCACCUCGCCCGAGUACUACAACUCUGUUCUUGUCGUGAAUCCUGAUGGUGAGACUAUUGCAAACUACAGGAAGACAUUCUUGUACUACACAGAUGAAACCUGGGCUUUAGAAGGAUCAGAGGGCUUUUACGGCGGUGUAAUACCUCAACUCGGUACCACGGCUAUGGGCAUUUGCAUGGAUAUCAACCCAUAUAAAUUCGAGGCACCGUGGCAUGCAUUUGAGUUUGCCUUCCACUGCCUGGAAGUUGAGGCCAAUCUUGUUAUCGUGACGAUGGCUUGGAUGACCCGUGAAGACGCAAGCCUGUUCAGCAGCGUGCCUAAGGAACCGGAUAUGGAUACCUUGACUUAUUGGAUGGCUCGGCUAGAGCCGAUCAUCCGUUCCGAGAACGAGGAAGAGGUUAUUGUUAUUUUUUGCAAUCGCGCCGGCAUAGAGAGGGACACUGUCUAUGCGGGAACAAGCACUGUCAUUGGAAUCAAAGAUGGCGAAGUUAACGUAUACGGACUCCUUGGCCGCGGAGAAGAAGAGCUUCUCGUUGUAGACACGGAGACACCUCCAAUUGCUAAGUUGGUGUAUUCCCCUGACAAUUCAGGUUCGACGACGGUGCCUAUGCCAGAAUCAUCUUCUGUCCCUGAGGAAACAAACGAGAGGGGCCAUGAUCAUACUGCCUCGGAAAAUUCGGUAUCUACGCAACAAGCGUCGAACAGUCACUCCGAGGGGACAGUUCAAAACAGUGCUGCCCAGAAUCAAGCACUACGAGAAGGGGCCAGUUCCAUCGAUAGCCCCAGUUCACUAGUCAGCCAAGAAUUCCAAUCAAGCUGUCAAUCAUACUCUAACAAACCGUCAUACUCUAGUCAUAAGACGCGUUCUAGCCGAGACACAGAGUUCGGCCGGGGGGCGCAGGGAGCAACAGCCCUCGGUAUAACACAACGCUACGGUACAGCAUCGCUCUUUUUAAUCAGAGCGAAAAGUGACAGAAGUCUCAUCUCUACGCAAGGCCCAAUGUCUUCUGAGGAACCACCCCGGGCCCUCUGCUAUCGAACCAUCACCCCGGUGCAGACACCUUCGCAUCCCACCAAGACUAAUACGAUCUUUACUUCAGCUCAACCAUGUCGCACAACGCAGAAAAUGUGUCCCAAAUUAUUUCUUCCUGAGACCAUGGAUAAUUUGCCAAUCAUACCCUAUAAUGUCGACGGUCGAACACUGUCAAGAGCUAGCAGCCACAGCAUGAAGACAAGUGGCUCGCAUGUUCCGACUCAGGGGGACAAUGAGACGAUCAGCCUAAUCAAGGCUCUCAGUGACAUGACAGAUAGAUCACCCAAUGGAUUCUUAUCUGAUUCUCUGCUGAAGGUACCUAUGGAUUUACGACCACGGGCUGACUCGCCGACCCUGAGCAUGGAGAUGCUCGGCAUUUCGCAAGCAUAACGCGAACCAAACUCGAAUUGAAACAAGACGAAUACCCUUAUCCUUGGUCCUGGAUACAUGUACUUGACGGCAAUGGUAGGGAGAGUGUACACAUCCCAUGCUAUAACAACGACUAGCACAGCAGAGCGAUCAUCCCAGUGUGUUUAAUCUGGCUUUAAGAACCUAGCUGGCUUACACCUAAAUGCAGGAUACCAUGCAAGUCAUACAGCUUUAGCUCAUUGCCAUGUUUUUUUUACAAACCUUAACUGUAGCCUGUAUACACCUGGGAUAACCUUAAAGUACCACACACUGCCGAUACGGUAACCAGGAAAUG